GCGAGGGCGGGACUUCCGACGGCGCAGGUUGGACAUAAAGUGACAGACUUCACCUCCUUUAAAUUGGAAGAAAAACCGAAGAACGACGCGUUACAAGUUUUAAAAAAAUUGUAAUGAUUUUCAGACAUGGACGACAUAAACCUCCAUUAUCGCUUUCUGAACUGGAGGAGGCGAAUCCGGGAAAUUCGUGAGGUGCGAGCAGUGAGAUACAGGGAGCGGCUCAAAAGGAUGCUGAGAGAUGGAGACAUACUCAGGUAUCAUGGGAAUUCAGAUGAAGUUGGCUGUUUUGUGGCGGCCAAGCCGUUGUCGAGAAGAAGUCGCUAUUUUGAAGUGACCAUCAUCGAUACAGGAGUGAGGGGGAUGAUCGCUGUUGGUUUGGUGCCUCAACUCUACAAACUGGACCAUCAGCCGGGCUGGCUCCCACAUUCUGUGGCUUUUCAUGCCGAUGAUGGCAAGCUGUAUAAUGGCAACACUGUGGGGCAGCAGUUUGGUCCAAAAUGCUGCAGAGGUGACAGAAUCGGCUGUGGAAUAUCCCUGGACUCCGAUGAUGGACAAUUGACAGUGUUUUUUACCAAGAAUGGUAAAGAAGUCGGCAGUGUGGAAUUCCCAGCAUCUCCUGAAGCUCUCUACCCUGCUGUGGGAAUGCACUCUUUGGGGGAGGAAGUUCUGCUGGACCUGAACGCUGAGUGGGGGAUGGAGGAGGAUGAUGGACAGAUGAUUGUGGACAGUCAUGAAGAGGAUUGGGGCCGUCUCCAUGACGUCAAGGUGACCGGCACGCUGCUGGAGUACGUGGGGAAAGGGAAGAGCAUCGUGGACGUGGGCUUGGCUCAGGCCCGUCGGCCUCUCAACACACGCUUCCACUACUACGAACUGGAGAUUACAGAUGCUGGGGAGAAGUGUUACAUCGCCCUGGGACUGGCGCGCAGGGACUACCCUAAAAACAGACAUCCAGGUUGGAGCAGAGGGUCCAUAGCUUAUCAUGCAGAUGAUGGAAAGUUGUUCCAGGGCAGCGGGGUCGGGGAUGCGUUUGGACCACGCUGCUUUGAAGGGGACAUUAUGGGCUGUGGGAUCAUGUUUCCGCGUGACUUCAACCCUGAUGGUGGAGAUGACGUUGAUGACUGGGAGCUUGACGUGUUUCCUAAGCCCAGCGAGGUUCAGAAUGACUUGUAUGCAAACAAUGAGGAUGAGGAUGAGGAUGAGGGAGAGGAUUUAGAGGGGAAAAAGGUCAUGGUGUUCUUCACCCGAAACGGAAAGGUGGUGGGCCGGAGAGAAGUGGCCUUACCGGUAGGCGGCUUCUACCCCACUAUUGGCAUGAUGAGUACCGGGGAGAGGGUCAGAGUGGACCUGCACCCCCUCAGCGGCUAAGCAGAGCGGAGGAAAUGAAAACUGAGUGGUGAAAUCAGAGCGAGGACGAAUGAUUGAGCUCCGGUACAUUUUGGAGAUUGGACAAUAAAUGAUACCUCCACAUCAACAGGCUCCAAGAUGUUACCUGACAAGUCACUUAAGUGUAGGAGGUUACUGUCGCUCCCUCCUGCUGUAAGAAAAUUUAACAUGCUGGCAGAAAACUUUUAUCAAAAAUUAUUAAAGUAAUGUAUGUUAAUAUUGCACGUGUGCCUAAAAAACGCUUUAUAACGAAAUGGUUUUAUACUGUAAGAAGUUGUUUAACCAGUCCGAGGUUUUAAAGGGUAAAACCCUAUUUCUGAGAACUUAAUGACACUCUGUAAAGUUAAUAAAAUGCCAAAAAAAAAGGGUCUCAAUAGUAUAAUGAAUGUAAAAAUACGAAUAGAGCAGGCCCCAGCUAACAAAUGGACCCCAGUUGUCCUCAUAAGAGGAACAUUAUCAGCAACAAUAUUCGUCAGCAGAUAAAAUAAAUAGCGCCACUCUCAGAGCCUGCAGCCAUACUGUGCUUACUACCAGGGGUCUGCUGUACUUCUUCGUACUGAUGGCGUAUUACUGACACUCAGUGGUGAGAGUGAUAAGUCUGGAAAAAUCAAGCUCAGAAAGUCUUCCGAAGAAACAGUAGUGCACUGAAUGAACAGUGAGUUUACUCUCCGUGAAACUAGCUGCUUUAUCGCCACGGUUCAGGACGAACGCAGGUGCUUGUUCUGACAUGGAGUCAUUCAAUAGGGUUAUCACUGCAUAUGUAGUAGCAAACGUGCAAGCCACAUGCAUUGGGAAUUAGGGGAUAAUUAAGUGUAAUAACAGUUUGUGGAAAUUAAACCCAAACCAUCAUGAUGCCCUUUAAUCGUUCUAUCGGAAUAAGCAGUUUUAAAAAGCAAAAUUCCAACUCAAAGUUGGUUUGACGAUUUUUUUUUAAAUCAGGUAUAAUUUUGGCAUAAUUAUUAUAGAGGAUGUUCUGUAAUUAAAAUAUGUACAGGCAAUAUUUUUGAUAAACAUCUGCAUCUGAAAGAUGUUACAGCAACACCAAAACCAUGUCAAACAAACAUCCCUAAACUGAUGUAGACCAGCUAUUACUGAGGGGUUAUUUUUUUUGUUUUUUGUUUUUUUUGGCCUCUUGUAAUUUGCUCUGCAUGUUUUUUCCACUACAGAGAUGUUUGGUGUCCACGUGUAACUAAUGCUUUAGAUGUUUACUCUGAUUAUGUAUCUUAUCAUUGGCCGUACACACAAACAAACAAACAAAAAAUAGCUCAUCUCCAGAUAAUGAAAGUGAUGUCAAAGUAUUGGUUUCCUUUUCUUCUUUAUGAGAAAUCAGAGCUUAGAUGUCUUUGAGAAAUUGGAACAUUCUGACAAACUGAACAUUACAGAAAAAGACACUGUGGACGUCAGUAUGGUAUUGAAUGUAUUUUCUGUGGAUCAUUAAGGUAUUUUGCAUGAAAUGGAUACCAACUGUCUCAAAAGGGAAAAUCAUGAAAAACAAUUUUCUUGAGUAUCAAACCCUGUCAGGACAAGAACAAUCAGUGACUACACAUGGUUUAGUCUUAAACUUCUGGGUAGUUCAACAUUUUGAAUAUUUUAGUAAAGGUCUGAAUGUUGAAAAUUAAGCCAUAACUAAGACUUGCUGCUCUCAGGUAUUUUGAAAAUCAAGAUCAAGUUAUCUUUUCUAAGAUCAUUUUUGAGAUUUUGCUGUACGUUGAUUUCAGCCAUUGUUUGCCACGAGCUGUUAUUUACCUGUAAUGCUUUUUAAAAAUAUUUUUGUUUGUUUGGUUGGCUGCAAACCCGGUUAUUGUUUUUACUAAAGAAUCCAUCUUUUUAAAAUUGAAGAAAAACUACAAGACUAACAGUUUCCCCCACACAAUUUUGUGUCAAUGGCAAAGUUAAAUGGGAAAAAGAUUGCUUUUUUUUUUCGUGACACCAGAUUUUACACACCUAUGUUUUAGCUAAAUUUGAGGGAUAGAGGUGCUGCCUUGGCAUCGAUUCAUACUACACUUACAACAGGUUUCUCUGCAGAUCACUGUUUGUUGCAAGUUCACACAAAAAUAACAAUAGGCAAACGCUGUGGAGAGCUGCAACAUGUUAAAUGGUUUCAGUGUCUACCUGUAAUACUGUUUGUUACUGUUUCUUUUUUAUAAUCUGCCAGAAACGGUUACCUUUGUGCACUUCAUUACUAUCAGAUACUAAGUACACUUUACGAUAGAAUACUGACUGGUCGAACUUCAGAAGACUAAAACAACCAGACCUAAUUAGCAAAUUACCUGUUAGAAGAGUUCAAGUCUGGACCCUUUAUUAAAUACUACACCUGGUAAAUGUUAAACCUAAAUGAGGUUUGGGUAACUGCAUUUAUUCUGAAAACCUCAUUGUAUAAGUGUCACAUGUCUGCAGGCUGUGCAGGUCACUGAAAAGAUCUAAGAACAUCUUAUUGGAUCCAUAUUGGACCCCAGUGCUUGCUGGACUACUCAUUUGAGUAAGGAUGUAUUGCGUCCAUGAAAUGUCCCCCUGCGCAGCAAAAAGGGUGUAAUCAUACUUGGGUUUUUCCACUUUUCAUGAUCAUCAUCCGGUUUUGGUGAUCACACUGUGUGUUAAUCAUCAUCUUAGCUCACAGGAGCUAAAAAAGGUCUUCCGCUACCGUGGCCUUUCUGCAACACGCUGCUCAUAUUUAGCCCUUCUUGGCAACUUUUGUGGAAUUAUUCAUGAAUAUAGUUUAACGUGAUGAGGGUAUCUUUCAGUCUCCAAAUUCUACCCAUGAAUACACCCUGUCUUCUAUGUUUUUGUAUAAUCUUGACUUUUCUGUCAUCAAUUCUGUCUCUUUCCGCUUAAAGCAAUCAGAUAAAAAUACCAAAAACAAUUAAAACGAAUAUUCCCAUUCAAUGCACUGCUGACUCUACUUUCAUCCUUUUUUGUUGUUUUUUCAAGUUUAAUAUGAAUAUCAUUUUGGCAUUUCUGAUUACUUGAAAUGUAAAUUAGAUUAUCUGAGAUGUUUUUGUCUAUUUAUUAAGCAGUUAAAGUUUAAAACCUUGAUAAUCCGUGAUAGCUGUUCAGAGAUGCAUGUAAUUUAUGGCAUAAUUUGGACUUAUUGAUUGUACUGUCACUUUGUGUCAACAUCUUGGGUAUUUGAAAAAUAUUAAAAUACAUACCAUCUUAACAACAGAAGUACUUGCUGAUUUAACAGUAAGCACUGCAUAAUUUUAACAGGAGAACAAUUCAUGGUGUCUU